GAACUAAAAAUCUCUCUCCUAAUAUUAAACAGGGAAUGUUAUGGAGGAUCAGAGCUCAUCUGAAGCACAGCAGGAACUUGGUCAGCUUGAAGACUGUAACAGCUCCAGCCCACAACAGCAGCAUGAGCACACCCCCUCUUCAACAGUCACGCCCACUACACCCAACCCCUCUUCAUUGACCACACCCACUUCCUUUUCCCCCUCAGCAGUGACGGACACCUCCUCCUCUCCAGACUGUGAGCAGAAAGUCAAUGUACCAGAUUCACAGAGCCAUGCAGAAGCACAGGCACCAAUGGACGUCUCUCCAGCAGACCAGCGGCCCCAGACAGACACCAUCGGCCCUGCAGUGCUGAUGGAGGCAACGGGGGACACUGUUGACACAGGGCAGGACGUCCCACACACUGUGAUGGACGAUGGAGGUAAUGUUGAGGAGUCUGGGAAGGUGGAGGCAGGAGGAGAGGAUGGGGAAGUGCUGGAGCAGGAGGUUUUGGAGAUUACAACGGAGAUGGAGAUGGAGGAGAAUGGUAGUGGACUGGAUUUCAUCAACGUGGCCAUGCUAGAUGACAUGGCCAAACGCAUACAAGUGGAAGAGAUCACUCCAGCUGCUGGGCUUGUGUCCAUCUUGAAGAGAAGAGUCUCUCUGGAAGGAGAAAACAGCUCAGCUCCUGCUGCUCCCAAACCUGUGUCCAAAAGAAAGGUCCGUUUCCGAGAGCCUGACGAGGGAUUGGACCACGAUGAGGUGGGUGGUGACUCGUGGCUGCUCCUCCUCCUGCUGUGUUUGGCUACUGUGGUGAUCAGUGUGGGCGGGACCGCACUUUACUGCACAUUUGGAGACACUCAGUCCAGCGUUUGCACAGACUUCUCGCACAACAUGGACUUUUAUGUGGGACGAGUGCAGCGUGGCAUGGAUGAGCUAAAACACUGGCUGUCCCCGAGCUCAUAGCAGGACAACAAAAAAUAUUAAAUGUACAGGCCUUUGCUGGAAGACGCCAGGAGGAUCCCUGUCUGUGUGGGGACUUCCGGUUUGUGGUAAACACAGGAAAAACCACUUUGGCCAGUUUUUUUGACUCAAGUAGCCCACUGUUUACUGCCAUCAACUGAACCUCAUUUGAAGAGACUUCAUUUUUAAAGUCUUAAAGCUCAGAUCUUAUUACAGAUUAUGGUCUUAUAUUUGUUUAAAUGACGGUACUGAAGAAAUAAUAAUAAUAAUAAUAAUAAUGGACAUAGUCAUGUGUAGCCUGGACGUAGCAUUUUUCUGUGGAAGGAUUUAUGGGAUAAAGUUUAUAGGGACGGGAAAGCAAUAUGUGUAUAUUGAGGAAUUAUUGAUGUUUAGAUGCAGUCAGAAAAGAGGAAAAUCGUGCUUAUCAUAGUUACUUUUUUUAAUAAUAUAGUUAAAUGAAAAUAAUCUUCCAGUCAAUUAUGCAAUAAUUUAGACAUCGUAAUGACUAAAAUCACAGAAAAUAAUAUAUUUUAUUUGUUACUGCACACAUGAUUGUGUAAUACAACAUCCCAUCAUGCGGAUUUGACCUAUUUUUACUUAUUUUUUUAAUGCAGUUACUGACCUGUCACUGCUUUUAGUUAAAAAUAUACACAGUUGAAGUCAAAAUUAUUAACCCCCUUUGAUUUUUUUUUUUUUUUUCUUUUAUAAAUAUUUCCCAAAUAUGUUUAACAGAGCAAGGACAUUUUCACAGUAUGUCUGAUAAUAUUUUUUCUUCUGGAGAAAGUGAUGAAGAAUGUACUUUUGACACCUACCCAGUAGUUGAACUAGGUAUUGCAUGUCUAGUUCAAAACACAUGCAAGUGCAGGUUGCCAGAUUAACGACAUCAACAGGAGCGAGCCCGUCUGUCAAGCCUAAAGGCUGAUUUAAGUCGUCUUCUAAAUAAAAGCAACGACACGCGAUCGAAGGACUAGUUUACAUAAUUAAAGGACUUUUUGUUCUAACCAACACCUAAAAUUUAUAUUUUAGAAACUUCUAUUUCUUGCAGCUGAACAACAUGAUAAAUGAUAAGCCUUAUUUGUUUUAUUUCGGCUAGAAUAAAAACAGUUUUCAAUUUUUUAAAAACUUAAUUUUUUAAAAACAAAAUUUUUUUUCCAAAAUUAUUAGCCCCUUUUAGCUGUAUUUUGUUUCAAUAGUCUACAGAACAAACCAUCGUUAAACAAUAACUUGCCUAAUUACCCUAACCUGCCUAGUUAACCUAGUUAAACCUUUAAAUGUCACUUUAAGCUGUAGAGAAGUGUCUUAAAAUAUCUAGUCAAAUAUUAUUCACUGUCGUCAUGGCAAAGAUAAAAUAAAUCAGUUAUUAGAAAUGAGCUAUUAAAACUAUUGUGUUUAGAAAUGUGUUGAAAAAAUCUCUCUGUUAAACAGAAAAUGGGAAAAAAUAAAUAAAUAAAUAAAUAAAUAAACGGGGGCUAAUAAAUCAGGGGGGCUAAUAAUUCUGACUUCAACUGUAUGUAUGUAUAUAUAUUGAUAAUGAUUUUAUGGUCAUUUUGUGAUAGUAGUAAUAUAAUUUGAUAUGAUGCAUCUAUUGCAUAAUCAUAUUUCAAUUUAUGUUGUUCUCAAAUUUAAUUGCCAUGUAAAUUAUUUUGUGCAAAAAAAAAGUAAUCGAAAAGUAAUCAAGAGUACAUUUGAUAAAACAAGUGAUUUACAUGGUUACCAACUAAACUCAUGUAAUUACUACAAUUUCAAAAGUAAUCUAAUUAAGCUAAAAGUAAUCUAACAUUUGUCAGAAUGUUACAUAAAUACGUAAUCUUUUGUUACUGACUACAAUUUUUAUCAUGCAAUUAAUGCUAUUUAUUAGUAACUAAAUAAGCAACACAUAGUGUAAAAGUAAUCCAAAGGUAAUCUGAAUAUAUUGCUCCAAUACAUCAGGGGUUCUCAACCUUUUUCACUUCGAGGCCCACCUUG